AACGAUAUCUAAUGGUCUUCUUUCACGUUCUUUACAUAAUCUUUUUGCUUUAAAUUGUUCACACCUUAUUGAUUUUUAUAAUGUUCUUUCGGGACAAAAAAGAUUUUCGGGACAUAAUAAAUGGAGUAAAAUAAAACAUACUAAAGGAGUUAAAGACAUUGAACGCGGUAACUUAUUUGCAAAACUCACCAAAGAAAUUCAACUUUCUAUAAGAAUUGGUGGAAGUACAGAUCCUAGUAUGAAUCUUCGCUUGGCCGCGGCACUAGCUCAAGCAAAAAAAGCGUGUUUACCUAAAGAUAACGUGGAAAAUGCUUUUAAAAGAGCUCUUGGUCAAGGAAAAGAUGGAAAUAAUGUCGAGAACGUAACUUACGAAGGUUAUGGACCAGGUGGAGUUGCAUUUAUAAUAGAUACAUUGACAGAUAAUAAAAAUAGAACGGUAAAAGAAGUAAAAAGUCUUUUCACUAAAAGCGGAGGGUCAAUGUCUAAUGUAUCUUGGAUGUUUGAAAAGAAAGGUACAAUCCAGUUUAAUUCAAGUAAUACACAAGAUAACCUCGACAGGAUGAUGGACAAUGCAAUCGAAAUAUUUGGAGUUGAGGAUAUACAAGAAUUGGAAGAUAAUGUAUUGGAGGUUACAAGUAUGAGCAGCGGGUAUAUUCCUACAUCCACAAUCCAAAUUGAUAAUGAUGACAAAGAAUUAAUAGAUAAACUUAACAAGUUUAUCAAGUCGCUUAAUGAUCACGAGGAUGUAGUUGGGUUUCAUAAUAACGCCGAAUAA